CUUCCUCGCUCCUUAUAUGGCUGACCCGCUCAAUGGAGACGUCAGAGGCACACCCGUCUUGUCCAAGCACAUUAUCCCAUUCUACAGGACACGUCCAGCCAUCAUCAACAACCGCUUUCUCUCGCCGUCGUCCGAUAACUUCUAACGCAUCGGAAUAGCACGAGCCACGGUGCAGCUGUUUUUCAUGAACCCGGUUCUAGUUGCUGCGUCACCGCCUCGGCUCCAGACAGCACCGGAUAUCUGAUUAGUGUGCACGGUUCUACUGGGUUGGAUAGAGGGAAUAGAGAAUGACUCACAUGUUGGAAAAGGGAAAAUGCUUUGACUCCAGUGUGUAUUGUGACUGGAUGCAGGUGUGUGUUUCUGAUGGUGCAUCACUCAGACUGGGUUGAUUCUCUGGACCGAGCUGUUUAGAAAUGUUACUUUAAUUUGCUGAGUGGCUAACUAUAUUCAGUCAGAACUACCCGCACUUUACAUACUGUUAUGCUUUAUGCAUCUUAAUUACUGAAUACAACGGUGCAAUAAUUGUGUAUUUAUAUAUUUGUGCCUUUACUUGUCGACACCCGCGGGCAGCACACUGGGGUAACAACGAAACGGAAAGUUUGGGAAACAUUGACGGAUGGAUAUGGCAAUGGUAACGUGGAGAAAGGGCGAGGGAGAUGUCGCCCGCGACUCUCAAGGCGGAAUCUCUUCCCCCGUCUCUCAAGUCGGACCGUUAUCCCUCUCUACCGACCUAACGGGACACCUCAAUCCCAUAUCCUCUCUGGAUAUCCCCUCAACACAUCAGACACCCCAAGGCGCUCAUUCAAGCAAUACAUCUCAUUCUAUCACUAGCAGCCAAACGUGGACUAACUCCGUGGACAAACAACAGCCUCAGCAGAUCGAGUGUGUGGUGUGCGGAGAUAAAUCCAGCGGGAAGCACUAUGGCCAGUUGACAUGUGAGGGGUGUAAGAGCUUCUUCAAACGGAGCGUCAGACGGAACCUCUGCUACACCUGCCGCGCCACCAGGAACUGUCCCAUUGAUCAACACCACAGGAACCAAUGCCAGUACUGCCGCCUCAAGAAAUGUGUCAAAGUGGGAAUGCGGAGAGAAGCGGUUCAGAGAGGGAGGAUGCUUCCUACUCAACCGUACCACGGUCAUUUCUCCAUCACCAACGGAGACCCUCUCCAAUGCCACUCCUACCUAUCUGGAUACAUCUCCCUGCUCAUGCGAGCCGAGCCCUACCCCACAUCCAGAUACAGCACGCAGUGUAUGCAGUCCAACAACCUGGUGGGGAUCGAGAACAUCUGUGAGCUGGCCGCCCGGAUGUUGUUCUCAGCGGUGGAGUGGGCCCGAAACAUCCCCUUCUUCCCUGACCUCCAGAUCACCGACCAGGUCGCUCUGCUCCGGCUCACUUGGAGCGAGUUGUUCGUGCUGAACGCGGCCCAGUCCUCAAUGCCGGUGCAUGUGGCUCCUCUCCUGGCCGCGGCAGGGCUGCAUGCCGCCCCCAUGUCGGCGGAGAGAGUCGUGUCUUUCAUGGACCAUAUCCGGAUGUUCCAGGAGCAGGUGGAGAAGCUGAAGGUUCUGCAUGUCGACUCAGCCGAGUACAGCUGCGUUAAGGCUAUAGUUCUCUUUACGUCAGAUGCGUGCGGUCUGUCAGACGUGACUCACGUGGACGAUCUUCAGGAGAAGUCCCAGCGCGCCCUGGAAGAGUACAGCAGGAGCCAGUACCCUAACCAACCGAACCGGUUUGGGAAGCUACUACUCCGUCUGCCCUCUCUACGCACCGUCUCCUCGUCCGUUAUAGAACAGUUAUUCUUCAUCCCGUUGGUCGGAAAAACACCAAUAGAAACUCUCAUUAGGGAUAUGUUGCUUUCCGGAAGCAGUUUUAAUUGGCCUUACAUGUCGAUGCAGUAGAAUAAGACAAUUCCAGAACACUCCAGGAAGGGAAUCAUAGAACUAGAAUGGUUCUAUGGAUGGAACCUUCGAUACUGUCAGAGCAGCAGGCAGCAUUCUAAAGCAGUGGUUCACAACCUCUAUCUGUUACUGUACCACCAACUAAAUGUUGCUCUGCCCAGAGUACCCUCUCAGGUGUAUUUUACCAGUAGGCCUGUGGUCUCAGGAGUCUUCUCCAGUACAGGAUAGACCAGGUACCCCCAGGGGUCCUAGUGCCCAGGGUUGGGAACCACUGUUCUAAAGCAUGAAAAGAGACAGAUUAAAUGGCAGGGAUCCUCCUCACAAAUCAUGACUUGGGAAACAAAAAUAGUAUUUAUUUGACCCUGUAUGUAUAUUUAUUGUGCUUGUUAUUUUUAUUUAUUUUUUACAAACGUUUUUCAUUUGACCCUGAUAAGAAAAUGACAAGGGAAUAGUUAUAGUUUUUUCCUACUUAGUCUUUUGUCCAAACAUGUCCUUCUGUAUAAUGUGCUGCAAACAUGGCACUAAAAACAUGAAUCGUUUCUUUAAAUAUGUCAAUCAACACAGUAUUCCAGGGUUACUCUGAUACUAUUAGAGACGAUCUGGUCACGGAGAUGUCCUAGAUGGCAAAGAUCCAGAUGGAUACUGUCAUUAGAGAUGACCCGCUCACACAGAUGUCCUAGAUGGCAAAGAUCCGGAUGGAUACUGUCAUUAGAGAUGACCCGCUCACACAGAUGUCCUAGAUGGCAAAGAUCCGGAUGGAUACUGUCAUUAGAGAUGACCCGCUCACACAGAUGUCCUAGAUGGCAAAGAUCGGGAUGGAUACUGUCAUUAGAGAUGACCCGCUCACACAGAUGUCCUAGAUGUCAAAGGUCUGGAUGGAUACUGUCAUUAGAGAUGACCCGGUCACACAGAUGUCCUAGAUGGCAAAGGUCCGGAUGGAUACUGUCAUUAGAGAUGACCCGGUCACACAGAUGUCCUAGAUGGCAAAGAUCGGGAUGGAUACUGUCAUUAGAGAUGACCCGCUCACACAGAUGUCCUAGAUGUCAAAGGUCUGGAUGGAUACUGUCAUUAGAGAUGACCCGCUCACACAGAUGUCCUAGAUGUCAAAGGUCUGGAUGGAUACUGUCAUUAGAGAUGACCCGCUCACACAGAUGUCCUAGAUGUCAAAGGUCUGGAUGGAUACUGUCAUUAGAGAUGACCCGCUCACACAGAUGUCCUAGAUGGCAAAGAUCCGGAUGGAUACUGUCAUUUAUCAGUGUAACAGACUCUCACAACCCAUGUGACCCAAACCGUUCCAAUUCUACACAUUUUCCAUGUCUUCUGUGUGUUCAUAUGAUACCAGGAGUCAAAUCCCGACCGAAUUAAAUGUGAAAAUGUUAUGGUUUAAAAAAAAUGUUUUAACUUGUUCUGGGUCCGGAUCCUACGGUCCUUAUUGGGUAUGGCUGGUAUAGUGCACCAUAUCGCCAGUUCAUGUUACCACCAUCCUACUAUAUUCAUGUUACCACCAUCCUACUGACAGAACUAUAUUCAUGUUACCACCAUCCUACUAUAUUCAUGUUACCACCAUCCUACUGACAGAACUAUAUUCAUGUUACCACCAUCCUACUAUAUUCAUGUUACCACCAUCCUACUGACAGAUCUAUAUUCAUGUUACCACCAUCCUACUGACAGAACUAUAUUCAUGUUACCACCAUCCUACUGACAGAUCUAUAUUCAUGUUACCACCAUCCUACUGACAGAUCUAUAUUCAUGUUACCACCAUCCUACUGACAGAUCUAUAUUCAUGUUACCACCAUCCUACUAUAUUCAUGUUACCACCAUCCUACUGACAGAACUAUAUUCAUGUUACCACCAUCCUACUGACAGAACUAUAUUCAUGUUACCACCAUCCUACUAUAUUCAUGUUACCACCAUCCUACUGACAGAACUAUAUUCAUGUUACCACCAUCCUACUGACAGAACUAUAUUCAUGUUACCACCAUCCUACUGACAGAACUAUAUUCAUGUUACCACCAUCCUACUGACAGAACUAUAUUCAUGUUACCACCAUCCUACUGACAGAUCUAUAUUCAUGUUACCACCAUCCUACUGACAGAUCUAUAUUCAUGUUACCACCAUCCUACUGACAGAACUAUAUUCAUGUUACCACCAUCCUACUGACAGAACUAUAUUCAUGUUACCACCAUCCUACUGACAGAUCUAUAUUCAUGUUACCACCAUCCUACUGACAGAACUAUAUUCAUGUUACCACCAUCCUACUAUAUUCAUGUUACCACCAUCCUACUGACAGAUCUAUAUUCAUGUUACCACCAUCCUACUGACAGAACUAUAUUCAUGUUACCACCAUCCUACUGACAGAACUAUAUUCAUGUUACCACCAUCCUACUAUAUUCAUGUUACCACCAUCCUACUGACAGAACUAUAUUCAUGUUACCACCAUCCUACUGACAGAACUAUAUUCAUGUUACCACCAUCCUACUGACAGAACUAUAUUCAUGUUACCACCAUCCUACUAUAUUCAUGUUACCACCAUCCUACUGACAGAUCUAUAUUCAUGUUACCACCAUCCUACUGACAGAACUAUAUUCAUGUUACCACCAUCCUACUGACAGAACUAUAUUCAUGUUACCACCAUCCUACUGACAGAACUAUAUUCAUGUUACCACCAUCCUACUAUAUUCAUGUUACCACCAUCCUACUGACAGAUCUAUAUUCAUGUUACCACCAUCCUACUGACAGAUCUAUAUUCAUGUUACCACCAUCCUACUGACAGAUCUAUAUUCAUGUUACCACCAUCCUACUGACAGAACUAUAUUCAUGUUACCACCAUCCUACUGACAGAACUAUAUUCAUGUUACCACCAUCCUACUGACAGAACUAUAUUCAUGUUACCACCAUCCUACUGACAGAACUAUAUUCAUGUUACCACCAUCCUACUGACAGAUCUAUAUUCAUGUUACCACCAUCCUACUGACAGAACUAUAUUCAUGUUACCACCAUCCUACUAUAUUCAUGUUACCACCAUCCUACUGACAGAACUAUAUUCAUGUUACCACCAUCCUACUAUAUUCAUGUUACCACCAUCCUACUGACAGAACUAUAUUCAUGUUACCACCAUCCUACUGACAGAACUAUAUUCAUGUUACCACCAUCCUACUGACAGAACUAUAUUCAUGUUACCACCAUCCUACUGACAGAACUAUAUUCAUGUUACCACCAUCCUACUGACAGAACUAUAUUCAUGUUACCACCAUCCUACUAUAUUCAUGUUACCACCAUCCUACUGACAGAACUAUAUUCAUGUUACCACCAUCCUACUAUAUUCAUGUUACCACCAUCCUACUGACAGAACUAUAUUCAUGUUACCACCAUCCUACUGACAGAACUAUAUUCAUGUUACCACCAUCCUACUGACAGAACUAUAUUCAUGUUACCACCAUCCUACUAUAUUCAUGUUACCACCAUCCUACUGACAGAUCUAUAUUCAUGUUACCACCAUCCUACUGACAGAUCUAUAUUCAUGUUACCACCAUCCUACUGACAGAUCUAUAUUCAUGUUACCACCAUCCUACUGACAGAACUAUAUUCAUGUUACCACCAUCCUACUGACAGAACUAUAUUCAUGUUACCACCAUCCUACUGACAGAUCUAUAUUCAUGUUACCACCAUCCUACUGACAGAACUAUAUUCAUGUUACCACCAUCCUACUAUAUUCAUGUUACCACCAUCCUACUGACAGAACUAUAUUCAUGUUACCACCAUCCUACUAUAUUCAUGUUACCACCAUCCUACUGACAGAACUAUAUUCAUGUUACCACCAUCCUACUGACAGAUCUAUAUUCAUGUUACCACCAUCCUACUGACAGAACUAUAUUCAUGUUACCACCAUCCUACUGACAGAACUAUAUUCAUGUUACCACCAUCCUACUAUAUUCAUGUUACCACCAUCCUACUAUAUUCAUGUUACCACCAUCCUACUAUAUUCAUGUUACCACCAUCCUACUGACAGAUCUAUAUUCAUGUUACCACCAUCCUACUGACAGAACUAUAUUCAUGUUACCACCAUCCUACUGACAGAACUAUAUUCAUGUUACCACCAUCCUACUGACAGAACUAUAUUCAUGUUACCACCAUCCUACUGACAGAUCUAUAUUCAUGUUACCACCAUCCUACUGACAGAUCUAUAUUCAUGUUACCACCAUCCUACUGACAGAUCUAUAUUCAUGUUACCACCAUCCUACUGACAGAACUAUAUUCAUGUUACCACCAUCCUACUGACAGAACUAUAUUCAUGUUACCACCAUCCUACUAUAUUCAUGUUACCACCAUCCUACUGACAGAACUAUAUUCAUGUUACCACCAUCCUACUGACAGAACUAUAUUCAUGUUACCACCAUCCUACUGACAGAACUAUAUUCAUGUUACCACCAUCCUACUGACAGAACUAUAUUCAUGUUACCACCAUCCUACUAUAUUCAUGUUACCACCAUCCUACUGACAGAACUAUAUUCAUGUUACCACCAUCCUACUGACAGAACUAUAUUCAUGUUACCACCAUCCUACUGACAGAACUAUAUUCAUGUUACCACCAUCCUACUGACAGAACUAUAUUCAUGUUACCACCAUCCUACUGACAGAACUAUAUUCAUGUUACCACCAUCCUACUAUAUUCAUGUUACCACCAUCCUACUAUAUUCAUGUUACCACCAUCCUACUAUAUUCAUGUUACCACCAUCCUACUGACAGAACUAUAUUCAUGUUACCACCAUCCUACUGACAGAACUAUAUUCAUGUUACCACCAUCCUACUAUAUUCAUGUUACCACCAUCCUACUGACAGAACUAUAUUCAUGUUACCACCAUCCUACUGACAGAUCUAUAUUCAUGUUACCACCAUCCUACUGACAGAACUAUAUUCAUGUUACCACCAUCCUACUGACAGAACUAUAUUCAUGUUACCACCAUCCUACUAUAUUCAUGUUACCACCAUCCUACUGACAGAACUAUAUUCAUGUUACCACCAUCCUACUGACAGAACUAUAUUCAUGUUACCACCAUCCUACUAUAUUCAUGUUACCACCAUCCUACUGACAGAUCUAUAUUCAUGUUACCACCAUCCUACUGACAGAUCUAUAUUCAUGUUACCACCAUCCUACUGACAGAACUAUAUUCAUGUUACCACCAUCCUACUAUAUUCAUGUUACCACCAUCCUACUGACAGAACUAUAUUCAUGUUACCACCAUCCUACUAUAUUCAUGUUACCACCAUCCUACUGACAGAACUAUAUUCAUGUUACCACCAUCCUACUGACAGAACUAUAUUCAUGUUACCACCAUCCUACUAUAUUCAUGUUACCACCAUCCUACUGACAGAACUAUAUUCAUGUUACCACCAUCCUACUGACAGAUCUAUAUUCAUGUUACCACCAUCCUACUGACAGAUCUAUAUUCAUGUUACCACCAUCCUACUGACAGAACUAUAUUCAUGUUACCACCAUCCUACUGACAGAUCUAUAUUCAUGUUACCACCAUCCUACUGACAGAACUAUAUUCAUGUUACCACCAUCCUACUGACAGAUCUAUAUUCAUGUUACCACCAUCCUACUGACAGAACUAUAUUCAUGUUACCACCAUCCUACUAUAUUCAUGUUACCACCAUCCUACUGACAGAACUAUAUUCAUGUUACCACCAUCCUACUAUAUUCAUGUUACCACCAUCCUACUGACAGAUCUAUAUUCAUGUUACCACCAUCCUACUGACAGAUCUAUAUUCAUGUUACCACCAUCCUACUAUAUUCAUGUUACCACCAUCCUACUGACAGAACUAUAUUCAUGUUACCACCAUCCUACUAUAUUCAUGUUACCACCAUCCUACUAUAUUCAUGUUACCACCAUCCUACUGACAGAUCUAUAUUCAUGUUACCACCAUCCUACUAUAUUCAUGUUACCACCAUCCUACUAUAUUCAUGUUACCACCAUCCUACUGACAGAUCUAUAUUCAUGUUACCACCAUCCUACUGACAGAUCUAUAUUCAUGUUACCACCAUCCUACUGACAGAUCUAUAUUCAUGUUACCACCAUCCUACUAUAUUCAUGUUACCACCAUCCUACUAUAUUCAUGUUACCACCAUCCUACUGACAGAUCUAUAUUCAUGUUACCACCAUCCUACUGACAGAACUAUAUUCAUGUUACCACCAUCCUACUAUAUUCAUGUUACCACCAUCCUACUGACAGAUCUAUAUUCAUGUUACCACCAUCCUACUAUAUUCAUGUUACCACCAUCCUACUGACAGAACUAUAUUCAUGUUACCACCAUCCUACUGACAGAUCUAUAUUCAUGUUACCACCAUCCUACUAUAUUCAUGUUACCACCAUCCUACUAUAUUCAUGUUACCACCAUCCUACUGACAGAUCUAUAUUCAUGUUACCACCAUCCUACUGACAGAACUAUAUUCAUGUUACCACCAUCCUACUGACAGAACUAUAUUCAUGUUACCACCAUCCUACUGACAGAACUAUAUUCAUGUUACCACCAUCCUACUGACAGAACUAUAUUCAUGUUACCACCAUCCUACUGACAGAUCUAUAUUCAUGUUACCACCAUCCUACUAUAUUCAUGUUACCACCAUCCUACUGACAGAACUAUAUUCAUGUUACCACCAUCCUACUGACAGAUCUAUAUUCAUGUUACCACCAUCCUACUGACAGAUCUAUAUUCAUGUUACCACCAUCCUACUGACAGAUCUAUAUUCAUGUUACCACCAUCCUACUGACAGAACUAUAUUCAUGUUACCACCAUCCUACUAUAUUCAUGUUACCACCAUCCUACUGACAGAACUAUAUUCAUGUUACCACCAUCCUACUAUAUUCAUGUUACCACCAUCCUACUGACAGAUCUAUAUUCAUGUUACCACCAUCCUACUGACAGAACUAUAUUCAUGUUACCACCAUCCUACUGACAGAACUAUAUUCAUGUUACCACCAUCCUACUAUAUUCAUGUUACCACCAUCCUACUGACAGAACUAUAUUCAUGUUACCACCAUCCUACUAUAUUCAUGUUACCACCAUCCUACUGACAGAUCUAUAUUCAUGUUACCACCAUCCUACUAUAUUCAUGUUACCACCAUCCUACUGACAGAUCUAUAUUCAUGUUACCACCAUCCUACUGACAGAACUAUAUUCAUGUUACCACCAUCCUACUGACAGAACUAUAUUCAUGUUACCACCAUCCUACUGACAGAUCUAUAUUCAUGUUACCACCAUCCUACUGACAGAACUAUAUUCAUGUUACCACCAUCCUACUGACAGAACUAUAUUCAUGUUACCACCAUCCUACUGACAGAACUAUAUUCAUGUUACCACCAUCCUACUAUAUUCAUGUUACCACCAUCCUACUGACAGAACUAUAUUCAUGUUACCACCAUCCUACUGACAGAACUAUAUUCAUGUUACCACCAUCCUACUGACAGAUCUAUAUUCAUGUUACCACCAUCCUACUGACAGAACUAUAUUCAUGUUACCACCAUCCUACUGACAGAACUAUAUUCAUGUUACCACCAUCCUACUGACAGAUCUAUAUUCAUGUUACCACCAUCCUACUGACAGAACUAUAUUCAUGUUACCACCAUCCUACUGACAGAACUAUAUUCAUGUUACCACCAUCCUACUGACAGAUCUAUAUUCAUGUUACCACCAUCCUACUGACAGAUCUAUAUUCAUGUUACCACCAUCCUACUGACAGAACUAUAUUCAUGUUACCACCAUCCUACUGACAGAUCUAUAUUCAUGUUACCACCAUCCUACUGACAGAACUAUAUUCAUGUUACCACCAUCCUACUGACAGAUCUAUAUUCAUGUUACCACCAUCCUACUGACAGAACUAUAUUCAUGUUACCACCAUCCUACUGACAGAACUAUAUUCAUGUUACCACCAUCCUACUGACAGAACUAUAUUCAUGUUACCACCAUCCUACUAUAUUCAUGUUACCACCAUCCUACUGACAGAACUAUAUUCAUGUUACCACCAUCCUACUGACAGAUCUAUAUUCAUGUUACCACCAUCCUACUAUAUUCAUGUUACCACCAUCCUACUGGCAGAUCUAUAUUCAUGUUACCACCAUCCUACUGACAGAACUAUAUUCAUGUUACCACCAUCCUACUGACAGAUCUAUAUUCAUGUUACCACCAUCCUACUAUAUUCAUGUUACCACCAUCCUACUGACAGAUCUAUAUUCAUGUUACCACCAUCCUACUGACAGAACUAUAUUCAUGUUACCACCAUCCUACUGACAGAACUAUAUUCAUGUUACCACCAUCCUACUGACAGAACUAUAUUCAUGUUACCACCAUCCUACUAUAUUCAUGUUACCACCAUCCUACUGACAGAACUAUAUUCAUGUUACCACCAUCCUACUGACAGAUCUAUAUUCAUGUUACCACCAUCCUACUGACAGAACUAUAUUCAUGUUACCACCAUCCUACUAUAUUCAUGUUACCACCAUCCUACUGACAGAACUAUAUUCAUGUUACCACCAUCCUACUGACAGAACUAUAUUCAUGUUACCACCAUCCUACUGACAGAUCUAUAUUCAUGUUACCACCAUCCUACUGACAGAUCUAUAUUCAUGUUACCACCAUCCUACUAUAUUCAUGUUACCACCAUCCUACUGACAGAACUAUAUUCAUGUUACCACCAUCCUACUGACAGAACUAUAUUCAUGUUACCACCAUCCUACUAUAUUCAUGUUACCACCAUCCUACUGACAGAACUAUAUUCAUGUUACCACCAUCCUACUAUAUUCAUGUUACCACCAUCCUACUGACAGAUCUAUAUUCAUGUUACCACCAUCCUACUGACAGAACUAUAUUCAUGUUACCACCAUCCUACUGACAGAACUAUAUUCAUGUUACCACCAUCCUACUAUAUUCAUGUUACCACCAUCCUACUGACAGAUCUAUAUUCAUGUUACCACCAUCCUACUAUAUUCAUGUUACCACCAUCCUACUGACAGAACUAUAUUCAUGUUACCACCAUCCUACUAUAUUCAUGUUACCACCAUCCUACUAUAUUCAUGUUACCACCAUCCUACUAUAUUCAUGUUACCACCAUCCUACUAUAUUCAUGUUACCACCAUCCUACUGACAGAACUAUAUUCAUGUUACCACCAUCCUACUAUAUUCAUGUUACCACCAUCCUACUGACAGAACUAUAUUCAUGUUACCACCAUCCUACUAUAUUCAUGUUACCACCAUCCUACUAUAUUCAUGUUACCACCAUCCUACUAUAUUCAUGUUACCACCAUCCUACUGACAGAACUAUAUUCAUGUUACCACCAUCCUACUAUAUUCAUGUUACCACCAUCCUACUGACAGAACUAUAUUCAUGUUACCACCAUCCUACUAUAUUCAUGUUACCACCAUCCUACUAUAUUCAUGUUACCACCAUCCUACUAUAUUCAUGUUACCACCAUCCUACUAUAUUCAUGUUACCACCAUCCUACUAUAUUCAUGUUACCACCAUCCUACUGACAGAACUAUAUUCAUGUUACCACCAUCCUACUGACAGAACUAUAUUCAUGUUACCACCAUCCUACUGACAGAUCUAUAUUCAUGUUACCACCAUCCUACUGACAGAACUAUAUUCAUGUUACCACCAUCCUACUGACAGAUCUAUAUUCAUGUUACCACCAUCCUACUAUAUUCAUGUUACCACCAUCCUACUGACAGAACUAUAUUCAUGUUACCACCAUCCUACUGACAGAUCUAUAUUCAUGUUACCACCAUCCUACUGACAGAACUAUAUUCAUGUUACCACCAUCCAUCCUACUGACAGAUCUAUAUUCAUGUUACCACCAUCCUACUAUAUUCAUGUUACCACCAUCCUACUGACAGAACUAUAUUCAUGUUACCACCAUCCUACUAUAUUCAUGUUACCACCAUCCUACUGACAGAUCUAUAUUCAUGUUACCACCAUCCUACUGACAGAACUAUAUUCAUGUUACCACCAUCCUACUGACAGAUCUAUAUUCAUGUUACCACCAUCCUACUGACAGAUCUAUAUUCAUGUUACCACCAUCCUACUGACAGAACUAUAUUCAUGUUACCACCAUCCUACUGACAGAACUAUAUUCAUGUUACCACCAUCCUACUAUAUUCAUGUUACCACCAUCCUACUGACAGAUCUAUAUUCAUGUUACCACCAUCCUACUGACAGAACUAUAUUCAUGUUACCACCAUCCUACUGACAGAACUAUAUUCAUGUUACCACCAUCCUACUAUAUUCAUGUUACCACCAUCCUACUGACAGAUCUAUAUUCAUGUUACCACCAUCCUACUGACAGAACUAUAUUCAUGUUACCACCAUCCUACUGACAGAACUAUAUUCAUGUUACCACCAUCCUACUAUAUUCAUGUUACCACCAUCCUACUGGCAGAUCUAUAUUCAUGUUACCACCAUCCUACUAUAUUCAUGUUACCACCAUCCUACUGACAGAUCUAUAUUCAUGUUACCACCAUCCUACUGACAGAUCUAUAUUCAUGUUACCACCAUCCUACUGACAGAUCUAUAUUCAUGUUACCACCAUCCUACUGACAGAACUAUAUUCAUGUUACCACCAUCCUACUGACAGAUCUAUAUUCAUGUUACCACCAUCCUACUGACAGAUCUAUAUUCAUGUUACCACCAUCCUACUGACAGAUCUAUAUUCAUGUUACCACCAUCCUACUGACAGAACUAUAUUCAUGUUACCACCAUCCUACUGACAGAUCUAUAUUCAUGUUACCACCAUCCUACUGACAGAUCUAUAUUCAUGUUACCACCAUCCUACUGACAGAACUAUAUUCAUGUUACCACCAUCCUACUAUAUUCAUGUUACCACCAUCCUACUGACAGAACUAUAUUCAUGUUACCACCAUCCCACUGACAGAACUAUAUUCAUGUUACCACCAUCCUACUGACAGAUCUAUAUUCAUGUUACCACCAUCCUACUGACAGAUCUAUAUUCAUGUUACCACCAUCCUACUGACAGAUCUAUAUUCAUGUUACCAUCAUCCUACUGACAGAUCUAUAUUCAUGUUACCACCAUCCUACUGACAGAUCUAUAUUCAUGUUACCACCAUCACUGCAGUGUAUUGGUAACCUUCAUCAGAUGUAAUGAGCAGUGUGGUUGUGAAUGUCUUCCUCAGUCAUAUACUGUACCACUGCAGUGUGGUUGUGAAUGAGUUCCUCAGUCAUAUACUGUACCACUGCAGUGUGGUUGUGAAUGAGUUCCUCAGUCAUAUACUGUAUCACUGCAGUGUGGUUGUGAAUGAGUUCCUCAGUCAUAUACUGUACCACUGCAGUGUGGUUGUGAAUGAGUUCCUCAGUCAUAUACUGUAUCACUGCAGUGUGGUUGUGAAUGACUUCCUCAGUCAUAUACUGUACCACUGCAGUGUGGUUGGGAAUGUCUUCCUCAGUCAUAUACUGUAUCACUGCAGUGUGGUUGUGAAUGAGUUCCUCAGUCAUAUACUGUACCACUGCAGUGUGGUUGGGAAUGUCUUCCUCAGUCAUAUACUGUACCACUGCAGUGUGGUUGGGAAUGAGUUCCUCAGUCAUAUACUGUAUCACUGCAGUGUGGUUGGGAAUGAGUUCCUCAGUCAUAUACUGUACCACUGCAGUGUGGUUGUGAAUGAGUUCCUCAGUCAUAUACUGUAUCACUGCAGUGUGGUUGUGAAUGAGUUCCUCAGUCAUAUACUGUACCACUGCAGUGUGGUUGGGAAUGACUUCCUCAGUCAUAUUCUGUAUCACUGCAGUGUGGUUGGGAAUGAGUUCCUCAGUCAUAUACUGUAUCACUGCAGUGUAUUGGUAACCUUCAUCAGAUGUAAUGAGCAGUGUGGUUGGGAAUGACUUCCUCAGUCAUAUUCUGUAUCACUGCAGUGUGGUUGGGAAUGAGUUCCUCAGUCAUAUACUGUAUCACUGCAGUGUAUUGGUAACCUUCAUCAGAUGUAAUGAGCAGUGUGGUUGGGAAUGAGUUCCUCAGUCAUAUACUGUAUCACUGCAGUGUGGUUGGGAAUGAGUUCCUCAGUCAUAUACUGUACCACUGCAGUGUGGUUGGGAAUGACUUCCUCAGUCAUAUACUGUACCACUGCAGUGUGGUUGGGAAUGAGUUCCUCAGUCAUAUACUGUACCACUGCAGUGUAUUGGUAACCUUCAAUACUUUCUGCUCCAAAGGACUGCAGCUGAUGUGCUUGUGUGUGUGACCUCUUUCAUUGAUACAAAUUCUGUUUGAGGUUUGUUGAUUUUUGAACAACACUCUGAUGUACUGCGGCAAAGUAUUGCCAUACCAUAUUACAUGAUAAAUCAUGAUUUAUUAAUAAAAGGUAUUUCUCAUUAAAA